UUUGACGUUUGCGUAGAUAUCGAGAAGUACUAUAGAGUAAAUAAAGCUGCUUUCAAAUAUUUACUCCACGUCUUGGUGUUGCACACGCAGCAAAGGAAAAAGCUAUUUGGUGUUUCGGUUAUUAUUAAACUUAGCGCAUCUUUGCCCUUUUUCGCUGAAGGUGGAUACCAAACAGGAAUCGUGAAAGAUGUAGACGUCUCUCUGACUCAAUCAACCUUCAGCAAAGUUCUCGAAGAAGUUCUGGAAGUUUUCGAAACUCAUUUAUGUCUAAAGUGGAUCAAAGUGUGUAAAGCUGAAGAGAUUAUACUUAUGUGUGAUCAUGAGCUUCGAAUUCAAUAUGUAGACGCCUCGCAUCCUGGUGCUUCUCACGACUCCUUUAUGUGGAACAUCAGUGCAUUAAGAAUACACUUCGAAUACGAGUAUUUGCGGAAUUCAGCAAAUUUUUGUAUUCUAGGAGAUGCCGGCUGUCCAUUGGAGCCAUGGCCUUUGACGACCUACAGAUCACCAGGAGAUGAUUCGUCGGAAAUGAAGUUCAACGAAGGUCACUCGCAAUGCCGCAAUAUUAUAGAACGAGCUAACGGAGUAUUGAAAAACCGAUGGAGGUGUAUUCUUGGAGCAAGGGAGUUACAUUACACUCCAAAAAAAGCAGCGAAGAUUGUAAAUGUGUGUUGCGCGCUACACAACAUAUGUGUAUAUUUUAAAUCAUCCUUAACCAUAAUCGAAGAAACAACAGAAGUUUUCACCCAAUAUAAUGAGAACGCUGAAGUCAUAUCACUGGUCACGCCCCCCUACUUAAUUGUAGCAAAAAGCAUUAGAAACAAAAUUGCAAGCUCUCUAUAAAAUAACCUCUGUUAAUUUUUAACAAACAUAUA